CCUGCAGCAUAUGGAGGUUCCCAGGCCAGAGGGGUCGAAUCAGAGCUAUAGCUGCAAGCCUAUGCCACAGCCACCACAACACCAGAUCUGAGCUGCGUCUGUGACCUACACCACGGCUUAGUACAACACUGGAUCCUUAACUCCCUAAGAGAGGUCAGGGAUUGAACCUGUAACCUCAUGGUUCCUAGUCAGAUUCGUUUCCGCUGCACCACGAUGGGAACUCCCCAUGAAUGAAACAUUUUUACUGUUUAUUUUCAACCAGUCAUUUAUGACAAUUUAUGUUCUAAUAUUAGGCAUAUUUUACACAAAGAGUUUCAGUAGGCUUCUUUUUUUUGCCUCCUUCUUCCUUUAUGCAAGAGACCAAUAUUGCAAGUACUAUUUCUAAAGGCUUUAAAAAUACUUCUUUUUAUAAACUACUUGGUGGCUCAUAAUAAUAUAAACACAAUCUAUAUAUCACAAUCACAUAAAUGACUCCAAAUUUCUUUCUUUAAUCUUUCAGUAAUUAUAUAUGCUCUAGAUUUUUAACUCCUUUAGGCUUCAGGGUUUUUUGUUUUCAUUUUCCCAUUUAUAAACUGUGGCUUCUAGGAACUGUCCCCCUAUUUCAAAAGGUUGUCGUGAGCACUAUGUCAGGCAAUGGAUGUGAAACUCUUUGUAAAUUAUAUGACAUGUAAAUUAGAGAGAUAAUUUUGGUGCUAUAAUAAACAUCUGUUUAUAUGACUUUUUCAAGGAAGACUCCCUUCAUCUUAAUGAUUUUGCAAGUGCUUCCUUCCUCCAUUAUAUUUUUAAAAAAUUUGCUACAUUUAAUUGAAAAAGUAAUGUGUGUAUAUACGCAAAAUGAGAAUUUCAAAUGCUAUGAAAAGUUAUACCAAAAUAUGAAAUCUCCAUCACCCUAGACUCCCAGGCCUCUAGUUCUCUUUGCCAAAAGCAAUCACUAAUCCUAUUACUAAUAUCUUAUGGAACUUUCCAGAAAUAGUCUAUGCACAUGUAAGACAGUGUUUUAAAGACACAUGGAAGUUUAUUAUACAUUGCGUACUUAAUUUACUCUUUUUAACCUAAGACUAGACCUUGAAUAUUGGUUCAUUACACACAGACUGACAUUCUUUUUUCACGACUGUGUCGUAUAUCAUUUUAUGAAAUGCCUGAGGUGUUUAAUCUGUCCCUAUUUUUGUGCCACUUUCUAAGCCAUUUCUAGUCCAAUGAGAGUCUCCCCAGGUGCCACCUGAGUCAAGCUGGAUAAAUUUCCAGCCAGUUCUUAUAAAGAUUUCCCUUGGAGAGUGUUUCUGGGGUGGAGGAGAUGUUCAGCCUCUGGGGCUGACGUCAGAAACGGCGAAGGACGAGGAAUCACAUCCGCAUUGACCUCUGGACCUUCAAGGCAAACAUGAAGGAAACCCUCCAAAAGAGUGUCUCAGGGAGUUCCCACUGUGGCUCAAUGGAAACGAAUCCAACUAUUAUCCAUGAGGAUAUGGGUUCGGUCCCUGACCUCAUUUAGUGGGUUGGGGAUCCAGCACUGCUGUGAGCAGCUCAAAUCUGGCAUUGCUGUGGCUGUGGGGUAGGCCAGUGGCUACAGCUCUAGCCUGGGAACCUCCAUGUGCCAUGGGUAUGGCCCUAAAAAGCAAAAAAAAAAAAAGAAAAGAAAAAGAAAAAAAGACUCAAGAGUAGAUCCUUUGGGAAUUACCAUUGUGGCUCAGCAAUAAUGAAUCCAACUAGUAUCCAUGAGUAUGCGGGUUCGAUCCCUGGCCUUGCUCAGUGGGUUAAGGAUCUGGCGUUGCUGUGAGCUGUGGUGGAGGUUGGAGAUGUGGCUCCGAUCCCCUGUUGCUGUGGCUGUGGUGUAGGCCAGCAGCUAUAGCUCCGAUUUGACCCCUGGGAACUUCCAUGUGGCCCUAAAAAUCUCCCCCCCCCCCAAAAAAAAAGAGUAGAGCCUUUGUACAUAAAAAGUCUGACAUUAGAGAACAAAAUUGCUUUUAGCUAAUAUUUUGGAAUAAAGGUUAGUGAACUAUCUGCUAAGACUGACCAUGAAAGCAUUAUUUUUUUGCCACUCUAUAGUAGGUUAUGAUAUCAGUGCAGUGACUCACGACCAGCAUUUGGUAAAAUGAAAGAAUAAAAGAGAAGACUCCUGAGUGCAUUGAGUGUAACGUUUUGUGAAACUUGAUGCUAUUUAUCUGUAUAUUCCUACAUACACCAAUACGUCUAAGACUGUGUAUACCACUGGUUGCAGUAAAAAAAGAUGCAAAAGCCGUUGGUUUAGAAAAGCAUUAUAAACAUUACGACUGUAGUAAUCAGUUUAUGUUGACUUUUCACAUUCACUUUUCUCCUUAUAGAUCUCGAAGUUCCUUUCCCACUUAUGAGGCGGUGGUUUAAACAAAACAAAGCAAAGAAAUAGUGACGUAUCUCUAGACGUGUGCGGGGAGAGUGAUGGUGGCCAUGGCUUUCUGUGCUGCAGGAAAAGAGCUGAGGGGACUCAAACCACAGCAAAAGAAGUGCCACAGUGGACUCAUGCUCAUGGAACUUACCGGUCUUACCAUGUUCUCCACCAUCCUAAAGUAGCUGGCUCAAUAAAAUGGUAGAAUGGCCUUUUGAAGACUCAGUGACAAGGCCAGCUAGGCGGCAGUACUUUUCAGGGCUCUGGUAAGGUUCUCUCAGGUAAGGCUCUAAAUCAGUGUCCGCUAUAUGGUGCUCUUUCUGUGACAGCCAGGAUUCAUGAAUCUAGUGACCAAGGGGUGGAAAUGGGAGUGGCACCACUGACUAUUACCUCUAGUGACCUACUAGCAAAGUUUUUGCUUCUUGUUUCUGUGACUUUAUGCUUCGCUGAUCCAUAGGUCUUAGUUCCAGAGGGAGAAAUGCUUCCAUCAGGAGACUCAACAAGGAUUCCAUUGAAUUGAAAGUUAAUACUGCCACCUGACUACUCGGAGCUCCUGGUGCCUCUGAAAUGUCAGGUGAAAAGGAGAGUUAUAGUGUCAGCUGGGGUGACUGAUCAUGACUACCAAGGGGAGACUGAACUGCUCUUCCGCAGUGGAGCUGAUUGGCUCUGAGGAGCUGAAGCAGAGUUUAAAUUCCUGCACCAUCAGAGAAGUGUUCACAACAUCCACACGAGAGUGGCUUCAUUGUCACAGAUUUCCUCUGUGAGAACCUCAGCCUGAUUGUGGAGACUUUUGGGGGAAAGUCUUUUUGAACUGAAGAGGGUAGAGGUGACGUAUCCAGCUAUGAAGACCAGCAUCCUGCUGAUGCUCCUGUGGGGGUUGUCCUGUGCUCUCCCAGUAGCCAGGUAUCAAAAUACUGAAUCCAAGAGCUCUGAAGAACGGAAGGGUCAGUUGGCUCAGACACCAGCACCACCUUUGGAGAGCAGUGAGUCAUCAGAAGAAAGUAAACUUAGCUCAGAGGAACAGGCACAUGAAGACCCCAGUGACAGCACUGAAUCCGAAGAGCACAUGGGCCUUGAUGGUCAUCAGUAUAGUCACAGACCAGCUGGUGGGCUUGCUGUGAGUGGAGGAAAAGAAGGUGAAGAUAAAGAUGAUGAUGAAGACGAGAGUGGAGAUGACACCUUGGGCGAUGAUGACAGUGGCCCAGGACCUGAAGAGAGCAACUCCAGACUCAGAAGCGGUGAGGACUCUGCUGACACCACACAAUCCAGGGAAGACAGUGCCCCCCAAGGGGAAGUCAGUGCCCAAGAUACCACCAGUGAGAGCAGGGGCCUGGACAACGAGGAUGAGGUGGACAGCAGGCCUGAGGGAGGUGACUCCACUGCAGACAGCGAGAGUGAGGAGCCCUGGGUGGGGGGCGGCAGUGAGGGGGAAGGUAGCCACGGGGAUGGCUCUGAGUUUGACGAUGAAGGGAUGCAGAAUGAUGACCCAGGCACCUUCAGGAGUGAGGGAAGCAACUCCAGAAUAAGCACUGUCAACCUCAAGUCAAAAGAAUCCAAAGGGAAAGAUGAGGAGAAAGCAAGCACUCAGGAUUCAGGUGAAAGCCGAUCAGUGGGGUAUGCCAGUAGGAAAUUCUUCAGAAAGUCUCGCAUUUCUGAGGAAGGUGGCAGAGGUGAGCUUGAAGAUGAAAAUAUGAUGGAAGUCAAGAGUGACUCCGCAGAAGCUCACCUCAGCCAGUCCUGGGAACACCGCAGGAGGGAGUCUCAGCAGGAGAGCGAGGAGAAUGAAUCCCCAGAAGAAGGUCAACAUGUUCAAGACCUCAGCAGUGAGUCUAGCCAGGAGGUUGACCUGCCUUCUCAAGAAAACAGCAGCGAAUCUCAGGAAGAGGGAGUGGGUGAGCCCCGGGGUGACAACCCAGAUAACAUCACCAGUCACUCUAAAGAAGAUCUGGAAGAGAGUGACUCCAGUGAGGAGAGCUUGGACAAACCCUCCAAUUCAGAGAGCCAAUCCAGAGAGGAUCCGGCAGACGCCGAAUCCAAAGAGAGCCUCCUGUCCUCGGAGGAAAGCCCAGAGUCCACGGAAGAGGAGAACAGCUCCAGCCAGGAGGAGGGCCUCCAGGCCCACAGCCCCUCAGCAGAGACCCAGAGCCAGGAAAGCCAGUCUGAGCAGGACAGCCCAUCUGAGGAAGACGAUGCCAGUGAUUCCCAAGACAGCAGCAAAUCAAAAGAGAGCAACUCCACCGAGAGCACGUCCAGCAGCGAGGAGGAGGGCCAGGCAAAAGCCACGGAGAUAGAGAGCAGAAAAUUAACAGUCGACGCUUAUCACAACAGACCCAUGGGGGAUCAGGAUGACAAUGACUGCCAGGACGGCUACUAGGCUCCGCCUUCCCGAGUGGCCCUCACCCACAGGCGUCUUGAGGGUCGGAGAGUAGGGAAGCCAUUGCAACUGGAAUUUACUGAUGUUUUUAUCAGAAGGAAAAUCAGAGGCUACUUCUUCCUGAAUAGAAACGCUGGACAUCAUACUUGUUUCUAGAGCGUCACCAAACCACAGAGGUUAAGUAAUGGGGAAUUUCACUAGAAUACACAUGGUGAGACUAGAAGCAAGGCGAGCUGUGUAUUAUGGCUUCACAGCUGAAAUAGUUCCUAAGUCCUUAACCAACAGUUACUGAGGUUCUGUUUCGUACCAGGCACUGCUCAGUUCUGGGAACAUAAGGAAGUUCAAGACUUGUUUCUUGCUCCCGAGGAGCUUAUGGAGGGAUAAAUAAAGCUAAAGAGCUAAAGAGGGACACAGAUGAUGGGAACAGGAUUAGUACAAUCCAGGGAGGUGAAUGCUACCCCACAGGUGUGACCGAAACACAUGGGAGGACAGAGGAGGGACCACCUUGGCCUUGGAGGAUCAGAGGGGGGCUUCGCAGCGGAAGAGCUACUGGAGCCGGAGCAUUGCAUUGAAUUUUUCCAUUUAGGGCAAGACAGUCUUAUUCAUUCUCAGCAUAAGCCAUAAAAAGUCCUAUAUGAAUAAAUAUGUAGUUUGCGAAAGCACUUUGAAUUCAUGGCACAGUGAGGUGUGUUGGAUUAGCAGAACUUUUUUCCAACUAAUUUAUCAUUGUCAAUAUUUUUGCGGAACUCCCACGAACACUGACUCCCAGACCACUGGUGAGAUGUGGAGGACUGGGUGGGGAAGGGUGGAAAAGGAAGUUCCUCUGUAAAUAGACAGCGUUCAGCCUAAUUUUUUUCUAGAAUCCGUCUAUGUGCAAUGCCAGAAAACCUAUUCUCUGAGUCCUUUGCCUGUGUUGCAUGUAGCAAAAGUGUGUGUAUAGAAUUCAGUUGAUUUUUGUCAAAUACCCUUUGAAAUGUUACCUCAACAUAAAAUAUUUGUUUUGUAAUAAAGAUAAUAAUAUCCAGA